GUAUUGACGUAGCCACGCAGCCCCCUCUCGGCUCGCACCCCCAAACCGCGUGUCGCCUCGCGUGUUGCUCCCCUCGAUAUCCGAUUCGAUAUAUCGACGCAUCGAUUUUUUCCACGCGCUCCUUAGGUCUAUCGAUGCGAUGUCUCGCCGCUUGACUACGUCGCCGAGUGCCACUAUCCGUCCUCUUGGUGCCUGUCGCUCUUUUUAUGAGCCAACAGUGGACAUGUAAGAGGGCAAAAUGGUGAAGUAGCGGGCUAUCCGAGACUUUCCCGAAACAAGGAAUGGGGCGAGCGGUGCGGACGGCACUGCAGAGGAACCGUGAUCGGGCGAACCUGAGCUUCCUGUUGGCGGUGACGUUUUUCGUUGUUUUCUCGGUGAUCGUUCUCUCGGAGGUCUUCUUCAUAGAGGAGAAGAAUCGCACGGGGCCUCGCUCCCAGUUCCACCAGAACUACCGCCCGGCCACUUCCCAAGAUUCGCCCAGUUUUGUCCAGUCGAAUGAGGUUCUGUACCCGGACGACGGGGACAAGUUCAUCGCACUGCUCCAGUACUCGGGUCAGCUCCGAGCCACGGGAGGAGGAGGCGGAGGAAUUGGGACGAGCGGGAGCUCCAGCACGAGCGGAGCCGCGAAAUUCGGGGCCGCCUACCCCCUCAGGACUCACCCCUUGCCCACCGCAGAGAACCUCACCGCAACCGACGCCCUUUGGCUUCCGGUCGCCGCCACCACUUUUAAAUUCUUCGUCUAUUCGGCUUAUUUGGAUCAGCGAGGCAACAAACUUAUUCGCGUAAUUGCUGCAACUAAGACAAGGAACCCUGAAAGAGUGUGGUGUAGACUAUGGUCUCCUUCGGGGAAUGAUUCCCAAAUCGUCAAUGGAAAAGUAAAGGUAAUUAGAGAAAAUUGGAACCUGAAGUAUAGUGCAGUAUUCAUACUGUGCUCUGUGCCUCACAACCUGACAUUUGGAUUAUGGUCGGUGUCGGUUAUUCAUCAGUUACAUGCACCCAUCACAAAUCUACUGCUGAUAAGGAAUCUAGAUGUUCCUUCCCCGGCUUUCUCUCUCGGCCCUUUUCUCAACACUAGCUCUAACACCAACACCCUGGCUGUUUGCGUCAAACCUCUUCACUUUCACUAUAACAGGGUGAACCAGCUAAUUGAAUUUAUCGAACUAAAUCUGCUUCUGGGAGCGUCACAUAUGAUUCUGUACAAUGCAUCAAUUGGGCCUGAUGCAACUUGUGUCCUGAAACAAUACGUUAAUGAGGGCCUCGUUACGAUUCUCCCAUGGAAGCUGGACAUGAUUUCGCAGAAAGAGAUUCGCACUGUGGGCCUCUUUGCAGCACUUAAUGACUGUCUUUAUCGUUGUAUGCAUCGCUACUCAUAUGCUGCAUUCAUCGACCUGGAUGAGUUCAUCAUUCCUCAGCAGCAGAAAACACUACCUGAAUUGAUAGGAUGGCUUGGACAAAAACUGAAUCUGCGAACAACAGCCUCCUACUCUUUCCAGAAUGCAUUUUUCUACCUCCAGUGGUCGGAUGACAACACAAUUGACCGUAAAUAUGCUCCAAUAAUCAACAACUUCGUGACACUCCGCAAGACACGCAGAAAAACGAAGCUUAACCCACACAAGCAGCGCUCUAAGUAUAUUUGUAGACCAGAAUUUGUAGUUGAGGCAGGCAACCACUUCAUCUGGGAGUUCAUCCCUGGGCAUGGUACAUUGAAUGUCCCCUCCGAUGUUGGACUGCUCCAUCAUUAUCGGGUCUGCGAGUUCGGUGGCAAUGACUGUGUCAAAUCCAAGUCUGUUAUUGACCAGAUAGCAUACCGAUAUGCAACUCAGCUGGUGGUUAAUUUUCAUGAGAGGUACACAAGCUUCCCAUGCGCGUUGCCCAAGUUGCCUUUCACCUUGACACUGUCACCGGGGGCAUCAUACUACAAUCUUACUGACAUCAGCGAGAUGAGCAGAGGCAUUUUGAGCAACAUUACACGGAGGGUUUCGAUGAAAAUGAAGAAUUACUUGUUCUUGAACAAGAGGCCCGUCAGAACAUUGUAAACUUGAUCCGCACAGAUCUGUUCGGCACGACAUAAAAAAAGUGAUGGCUAAUCUCAUAUUCAAGAAAGCUUUGGAGGGGUGCAAAAUCUGACUUAAUUUACAAUCGUUACGGUCAGGGAAACAGAAGAAAAAAUGCCAUCAUUUCAUACAGAUAUUUCCUUGGAUAUGUUGAAAAAAAUUCACUAUAUUGAGGCAUGUUCGUUGGGCUUUACAGAAUAAAUCUUAACUUAACAUAAAUGGUACGUUCGAAAGGGCUAAGAGAUUUUUGUCAAACUCUAAAAAACCUUCUUCUCUUUUCUAGAAAUAAAAAACGAAUAUUACCUCACCAGAACUAUUCGGUUCAGAUUUGUGACAAAUUUGGACUUUUUAGCCUUUGUCGUAUUAAACAAGGUAUAUGAAAAAUUCGGCUUCUGAGUACUUAGUAUCAUCUACUUAGUUCAAGUCGAACUUAAUAUCUGCCGACAAAAAAAAAAAAAAAAAAAAAAAAAAAAAAAAAAAAAAAUAGUAAGGCUCGAGAUACACAAUCUGUAUUGAAGUUGAUAUGUAACACGUUCGUACGUUCUACGUUGGGAGAAAAUGUUUCUAUUCCAAAAUAAAUUUUUUUUCUCUUCAGCCUUAAAGGCCUUAAGGGCGAGAGUCAUCCGAGGGAUUGAUCACUCUUGCACUAAGGCUAGAAAGAUUCAGCUUGCCAGAUAAGAAUGAAAGCCCUCUUAGGUGUGAAUGGUAAUUCGUUGGCUAGUUUUUAUUUUCAUCUACUUCAGGGAAAGUUUCUGAAAACUGCUUUUCUAUUUAAGUAUCUACGCCAUUCACUAUCGGAAAAGCUUUGGAUUCAACUCUGAAGGUUGAAUUUUUGAUGUGAUACUUUUAUUAAUUUAAAUAUUUAGAGUUAUUUGUUUCCUUCUUUUAAUUUAUUUAAUUUUCUAAUCCUUGUUUCAUGUUCUUUUUGAUUAAUUUUUCUAACUUUUUAAGCAGGGCAUAUUUGCAGAGACAGGUAUUGAUUGUACCUUAGUUUAUGUUUAGGCCAUUACCAUUGCAGACCUAAUACUUAAAAUUUCUUUUCAGCAAUUUGAUGAAUUUUGGUCGUUUCUUAAUUAUAAGAUUUUGAAAACUCACUUCUUGUUAAAGCAUGCUCAUAUUAAAAAUAAUAAUAUUAAGAUUUUGAUUGAAAACAGUGGCGGGUGGAAAGUAUUUAAGAUAGAAAAUUGAUGAUAAUUUCAAAAGUUCCGUUUCCAGUUUAUGGCCUGAGAAAGAUCUAUUGCCUCACACUGAUUAAAGAGGAAUUGGCGUUGUUUUGAUCAUUUAAAUUAAGUCUUAGAUCCUCUUGGAUUGAUUGAGCUGCUUAAAAAAUGAAGAAAAAAAGAAAGAAAAUUAAAGGUUCUCUUCAUCGUAUGAGACCUUCAAAAUACUUUAACCCACAGAAUAUCGUGGAUUUCUAUGUUUACCAUAAAAAUUAGGAAAUAAUGCUAAAGUCUACUGCAUGUGACAGUCAAAAGUGAAUGACUGUGAACUAAUCUAACGCGAGUUUUAUAAAUUUUUAAGGAGGGUUAAGUUUGCGCAGCAAGUAGCUGUAUCAAACAAUACAAAAUUUGUACAUAUGAUGCAAAGUAUCGAAAGCAAUUACAGCACUUGCGUCUUAGAGGGCCACUCUUCUUCAGUUUAGUGGACUGAUUGUUGAAACUUAUGACAGCACAACAAGACAUUGAAAAUCUAUAUCUAACAUGGUGAAGUGAGGGUUUCAUCUUGCCGUGCUGACAUAUUUUCACAAUUGACCCACUGAUGAUCAGCAUGGUCAUGUUUUACUCGAAUUUGAUCUCUCUAUAAUCCAGUAUUUCUAGUUGUAGAAAAUAUUUUCUCAAUGAAUUUCACUAUUUUUGUACAUUUUUAACGUGAUAUUUAAUGUUAAACUCUCAUUUUAUGAAACUUUAUUUUAUAAAACUACUAAGUAUUAGGAAUUAUUAUGCAUGUAUUAUGUGAAUCCUACGCACGCAUGGAGGUGAUACCUAUGUUUAAGUUACUGCGGGUGAUACCCUAUUUUUUGAUAAAAAAACCGAAAGAACAGCCAAAUUAGUUAUUCGUCAUAUUAUUGCGAGUAAAGAGUUUUGCAUUUAAAA